GACCCAAGGGCUAUCUCCCUUCUACAGACAUUUGAUAGAAUCAGGAACUUCACAUACAACUCGGAAAGAAGUUCACCUCAGAACCUAUUAGGGCAAACUAUGAAAAUGUGUUAGGGUCCUUCUCCUGUCAAGAGAUCUGUCACUGCACAGGGACUUCACAGAGUCCAAGGAGCUCACUUUUUUUUUUUUUUUUUUUUUUUGUGUGUGUGUGAUUUUUUCACAUCAGUUAUUCUGGAUGUUGGAAAACUGAAUUAAGAAAAAUUCACUCAGAAGUUGGCUGAAUGUUGCAAGCUUGCAAAAUGGAAGGAUUUCCCCUCAUUCCCCCCCCCUCUGAAGAUAUGGUACCCUAUGACUCAGACCUCUACCGACAGCCCCAUGACUAUUACCAGUAUCUCAACAGUGAUGGAGAGAGUCAUGGUGAUCAUUACUGGGAAUAUCAUCCACAUCACAUCCACAACGAGUUCGAAAGCUUUGGAGACAAUCACUUCACGGAGCUGCAGAGCGUACAGCCUCCCCAGCUGCAGCAGCUCUACAGGCACAUGGAGAUUGAACAAAUGCACGUCCUGGAUUCGUCAAUCCCAACCCCACACAUCGGCCUCAACCACCAGGUGCCCUAUUUGCCCCGGAUGUGCCUACAGUACUCCUCUCCACCACAGCCCAGUUCUGAUGAGGAAGACACAGAGCGGCAGAGCCCACCACUGGAGGUAUCAGAUGGGGAGACUGAUGGUGUGGACCCUGGCCCUGGAAUUAUGCAUGGAGAAACAGGUAGCAAGAAAAAGAUACGUCUGUAUCAGUUCCUUCUGGACCUUCUUCGCAGCGGAGACAUGAAGGACAGCAUUUGGUGGGUGGACAAGGAAAAAGGUACUUUCCAGUUCUCCUCCAAACACAAAGAAGCAUUGGCGCAUCGCUGGGGCAUCCAGAAAGGCAAUCGCAAGAAGAUGACCUACCAGAAGAUGGCACGAGCUUUAAGAAACUACGGCAAGACAGGAGAGGUCAAGAAAGUGAAGAAGAAGCUGACCUACCAGUUUAGUGGAGAGGUGAUGGGAAGGGGGGUCACUGAUAGGAAGCAUUAUCCUCACUGAGGUCAUGGGACCCUAAGCAAGAAAAAUAGUAAGACCUCCUGGCUGGAAACCAGCAGAGGAGAUGGACGCCUCUUUCUUUGUGCUUCCUGUGCCCCGUUCUAUGCCUUAAAAGGUCUUUACUGUCAGAUGUUUCUGGUACGAAUUCCCUUCUUCAGCAUCUGAGAAUCCUAAAUGUGACAGAAUUCUUUGCUUCCAUUCUACAACUUGGACAGAUUUGGGAAAUUUAAACUAUGUACAAAUAUAUUAUUAUCCUGAAAGGUUUUUUUUGAUUGUAUUUUAACUGAAGAAUAUGGCUGAUGAAGUACCUUCAAAGGUAGUGCUGUGUCAUUCACAGUGACACCGCAUUAGCUUACAGCUUUCCAAGUAGCAUUAAUACAGGCUCUGCCACAGCUCUCAAUGCUAGAGAGAAGUCUGCAGAUCUUGGGAUGAUACUCAUUCUUUUACAUAGCAAUAACAUGUACAUAUUUAAUAAAAUUCAAUAUAAUUAAGUUCUGGUGUUUGCAUAAUAAUUAUUUCACAAACAAAUCCCAUGUGCGUUCAGUUAUGCAUAUGCAGCUCACUUGUGGUACCUGAACAAAAAGCACAUUGGGUUAUAGGGCCUUAUCUAUUUGUUCCUGCUUUUUCAUUUACUUAGAAACAUCAUCAGUGCUGUCAAACUAAGUAACGACGAUA